ACUCAUGAAUUAAUAGAAUGGAAGAAAUAAGAAUGGAAUGGAAGGCAAGUCUUCUCUUCUCAGAUGAGCUCAAUUAAGAAGAAGACCUUCAUAUCAUAACCAGUAGAAGGUAGAAAGGCAGCUUCAUUUGAUUAACCUCCUCCCCUGUCUCUCCGCCUGUAUCAAACACCGUCCAUCCUGAUCCUGCCCACCAAGCUUGCUUUUGGAUUUGGCUGCGCAAGCUUCUCGAAUGACUCAUCAUGGCCCACAAAGCUUCUCCUCUCCUUUACCGCCUCGGCUGGUUCGAUCGCCAAUUGUAAUUUGGUUGUGAUUUGGGUCUGCGGUUUUAUGGAUGACUUUGAACGCUUUAAAGGAAUGUCAAGUUAAUUACUUUUGAUCUUCUUGCUGGUUAAAGAGGAAAAUAAUUGACUUGGAUCAAUCAUUUUGUGUCGCUUCAGUAAGUUAAGCAGUUGGUGAUAUUGGCAUUGUCAACUAGGCUCACAGUAUUGAGUGUAUGCCGUUUCCUUUUGCAGUUGAGGUCUCCUUCGUUUAUGAAUGGACCAUGCCUCGUAAAGUGAGCUAUGAUGUCGGUUAUGAUGAUGAUGACUACAAUGACUAUGAAGGCUACGACGAUUGCUUUGAAUUAGAACAAACGGGGGAACAUCGAUCUAAGCAGGAAAAGAGAAGUCAUGGCGUAUGGCAUUGCGCCAUUUGCACCUAUGAUAAUGAGGAGAGCUUGUCUGUAUGUGAUAUCUGUGGGGUUAUUCGUAAUCCUUUGUUAAACAUUGACAGCAACGGUGAUAAAGGAUCAGCUCCCUUCAAGUUUGAUGUUCCAUCUCCAGAUGAUUUGGUUUCUGAUGGAUUGCAUCGCUCCAAAACAGGUUCAAAAUUAUCACUGCAAUCAAAUGCCAAAAAGUUAGAUAGUUCUUCUGUGCUGAACAGGAAAGAUAAUGUUGUGGGUGAGAGCAGUUCUACUUAUGGCGUAGUUAAUAAACAGUCAUGUGAAAAAUCAUUAGAGGGAUCAUCUUUGUUGGUGCCUAAGAGCAAGCGUGAUAUUCUGGACUACAGCAGUUAUUCGAUCAGUGGGGAUGAGUCACAUGAUCUUAUCAAUAAUCUUAGCAAUAUAUCUUUGAAAAAUAAAUCUGGAAAGUCAAAUAAAGUUGAUCCUGGAAAAGCCAACUCACGUGUGCAUUAUCAACCUGAAAAAUGGAUGUUCCCGAGCAAAGCACAAGACGAUUUAACUCAACUAAAUCUUGCAAUUGUUGGCCAUGUUGAUUCUGGAAAAUCAACACUUUCGGGCAGGCUGCUACAUCUUCUGGAAAGAAUAACUCAAAAACAAAUGCACAAGUAUGAAAAAGACGCUGAAUUGCAGGGUAAAGGGUCCUUUGCUUACGCAUGGGCAUUGGAUGAGAGCAGUGAAGAAAGAGAGAGGGGAAUAACCAUGACGGUGGCUGUUGCUUAUUUUGAUACGAGGACGUACCAUGUUGUUGUGCUUGAUUCUCCUGGCCACAAGGAUUUUGUUCCAAACAUGAUAUCUGGGACAACACAAGCUGAUGCUGCCAUUCUUGUGAUCGAUGCCUCAUUUGGUGCAUUUGAAGCUGGUAUGGAUGUUACGAAGGGGCAAACAAGGGAGCAUGCACAACUCAUCAGAAGCUUUGGUAUUGAUCAAAUUAUAGUUGCAGUCAACAAAAUGGAUGCUGUGGAUUACAGCAAGGAUCAGUUUGAUUUAAUCAAACUGCAACUGGGAGCAUUUCUUCAUUCUUGUAAUUUCAAGAAAUCUUCUGUGACAUGGAUGCCAUUGAGUGUGAUGGAAAAUCAAAAUCUAGUGGCAGCUCCUUCCGAAGUUCGUCUAUUAUCCUGGUAUCGGGGACCUUGUUUGUUGGAUGCAAUUGAUUUUCUCCAACCUCCUUCACGGGAUCUCUCGAAACCUUUACUUAUGCCCAUAUGUGAUGUUAUCAAGUUACCUACAAUGGGCCAAGAGUCUGCAUGUGGUAAAUUGGAAACUGGAGUCCUUCGAAGUGGAUCAAAGAUUUUGGUUAUGCCAUCUGGAAUUGUAGGAAGUGUGCAUUCCCUGGAGCGUGACUCUCAGGCUUGUGGUAUUGCAAGACCUGGAGAUAACAUAGCUGUCAGUCUGCAGGGCAUUGAUGGAGGAGGUCUUGUGAUGGCUGGAGGUGUUUUAUGUCAUCCUGAUUUCCCAGUUGCGGUUGCAAAACAUUUGGAGUUGAAGAUUCUUGUUUUAGAGAUUGCCACCCCGAUUUUGAUUGCGACCCAGUUGGAAUUUCACAUGCAUCAUGCAAAGGACGCUGCAAGGGUGACAAGGAUACUGUCGUUACUUGAUCCAAAAACUGGCAAAGAAAAGAAGAAGGGACCCCGCUGUCUUUUGGCUAAGCAGAAUGCCAUAAUUGGGGUCAUUUUGAACGAACCAGUUUGCGUCGAAGAGUUCUCGAAUUGCAGAGCUCUUGGAAGAGUUUGUUUACGAGCAUUAGGUAGAACUGUUGCCUUAGGAAUUGUAACCCGAGUUGUUGAAGAGCAGGAAUAAGAAAUAUUCCAGGAGACAUCCCUCGGAAAUCAGUAUUAGGUUUUGCAUAACAAGGUUGUGUGAAACAGGGCAGUUUCUUAAGCAUUGUCAGAAUUAAUGCAACAUAGGGGAUUUGUUGCUGCAAGUGACUGUUUAUUCGUCACAGAAAGGAAUUCUCAACUUCUAAAUAUGUUUCCCAAAUGUAAGAUUCAUUUAUUCUUUCCA